AGGAAAGUAAGAUGACAAAUACUGAAGAGAUGAAUAAAGGCAUUUACUUUAGCUACCCAUGUCGACGUCACAGCUGUUCUGUAGUAAACAUCCCAGCACCAUGUGUCAACAAAAUGAUUUCACACAUUCAAGAUGUGGAAUCUAAAAUACACGAGCAUUUGAAACGGUUUGAAACUUCUUUUGAAGAAUGGAGCAGAACUUCUUCCACAAAAGUCCUUAAAGAAGAUUGGAGUAUUGCUACACCAGUGAAAGAGGUCAAACCAAAAGAAGAAAGAGAUGAAAGGUGUCCAGAAUUAAAGCAGGAAAUGGAAACAUUACUGUCAGAGGCCAUCCAACUCAUUAAAAGUCUGGAAACUGACAGGGCAGAAGCCGAAGAAGCUUUAAAACGACAAAGAUUAAGAAAGAAAAAGAUUAAAAUGACAAUCGACUCUUGGUCAAUCUGGAAACUUGAAGAACUCCCAUUAGCUGUGGAGAAAGAACACGAGGCCUAUCUGAGAGAUAUUGUAGAAUUACGAUGGCAUCUUGAAGAUAAAGUUAGUCAAGUAGAACAAAUUGAAAGCCAAAAGAGAAAGUUAGAAGAAGCUAAUGCAAAGAUUCAAGCAGACAUAGACUACAUGCAGAAACAUGGCCCUCUGCUGGACUCAAAGAGGAACCAGGAACUUGAAGUUCUGAAGGAACUGUAUCAAAAAAAAAUUGAGGUAAUGGACCUAUACAGACAAGUUCAUGGGGAACUUGAAGAAGCUCUAGAAAAGCUUGAAAAUAUCAAAUUAAAGACUAAACAGAUUAAGGAAGAAAUGGAAGAAGGUAUUCGCAAUGAUGAAAUGAACAUAAAGGCCCACAAGAGAGAGAUAGAAAAUCUUAAAGAUCUAUAUCUUCACUAUGUUUCAUCAAUACAAAAUAUUCAUGUUACUAUUGAGGAGAAUGAAGUGGCAGUGACUGAAGUCUUGAAGGAAACAACGUCAUCAUCAAAAGAAUUAUCUAGUUUAUCAAGAACG